AGGUGAAAGCUGAGCGACCAUGCGUGAAAUAGUGCAUCUUCAGGCCGGCCAGUGCGGCAAUCAGAUCGGAGCGAAGUUUUGGGAAGUGAUCUCGGACGAGCACGGGAUCGAUCCGACCGGCACGUAUCACGGCGACUCGGACCUGCAGCUCGAGCGGAUAAACGUCUACUACAACGAGGCGAGCGGCGGCAAGUAUGUGCCGCGCGCGAUCUUGGUCGACCUCGAGCCCGGGACGAUGGACGCGGUGCGGUCGGGUCCGUUCGGCCAGAUAUUCCGGCCGGACAACUUUGUGUUCGGUCAGAGCGGCGCCGGCAACAACUGGGCCAAGGGCCACUACACCGAGGGCGCCGAGCUGGUCGACUCCGUCCUGGACGUGGUGCGCAAAGAGGCCGAGAGCUGCGACUGCCUGCAGGGAUUUCAGCUUACGCACUCGCUGGGCGGCGGUACCGGCGCCGGUAUGGGCACUUUGCUCAUCUCCAAGAUACGCGAGGAGUAUCCCGACAGGAUCAUGAUGACGUUCAGCGUGGUGCCGUCACCGAAGGUAUCGGACACCGUAGUCGAGCCCUACAACUGCACCCUGUCGGUGCAUCAGCUGGUGGAGAAUACGGACGAGUCGUAUUGCAUCGACAACGAAGCGCUCUACGACAUAUGCUUCAGGACCCUGAAGCUGACGACGCCGACGUACGGCGACCUGAAUCACCUGGUGAGCGCGACCCUGAGCGGCGUCACCACCUGCCUGAGAUUCCCCGGCCAGCUGAACGCCGAUCUGCGAAAGCUCGCCGUCAACAUGGUGCCCUUUCCCCGGCUGCACUUCUUCAUCCCCGGUUUCGCUCCCCUGACCUCCAGGGGCUCGCAGCAAUACCGGGCGCUGACGGUGCCCGAGCUGACCCAGCAAAUGUUCGACGCGAAGAACAUGAUGGCGGCGUGCGACCCGCGACACGGCCGGUACCUGACGGUGGCCGCGGUCUUCCGCGGCAGGAUGUCGAUGAAGGAGGUGGACGAGCAGAUGCUGAAUAUCCAGAACAAGAACAGCAGCUACUUCGUCGAGUGGAUACCGAGCAACGUGAAGACCGCCGUUUGCGACAUACCGCCGCGGGGCCUGAAAAUGUCCGCUACUUUCAUCGGCAAUUCCACGGCUAUUCAGGAAUUGUUCAAGCGAGUGUCCGAGCAAUUCACCGCGAUGUUCCGGCGCAAGGCCUUCCUCCACUGGUACACCGGCGAGGGUAUGGACGACAUGGAGUUCACCGAGGCCGAGAGCAAUAUGAACGACCUCGUGUCCGAGUACCAGCAGUAUCAAGAGGCCACCGCCGAGGAGGAGGGCGAGUUCGACGAGGAGGAAGAGGGCGAGGAGAAGUGAUCGUCCCAUCUUCCGCGGGAUGAUGUUUAUCGAGUGGUCGCUACACACCUGCUGCCCUUCCACUUCGCGCUACUACUAUCUCUCUCUCUCUCUCUCUCUCU